GGAGACAACAACAGGGGGAUGAUGGGUGCUCAGACAACAACCCUGUCAGAGAAACAAUAAGAAACGGACCCGCUUUGCUUUUACGUACUUGAUAGUUUUAACAUUAUAUUUAAGUUUAAAGUGCACUAAAGUAUCUGCACCCCGGACCGAUUUUAACCUAAAGCUUUCUUUCUUGGAAAAUGUUGGACUGCCAACACUAGAGCCGAAUGACUGAAGAGAGACAUUCGGGCAUGUCUGAAUAAUACUGGUGCUGAUGACAUACUCACAUUGACCCUCAAAUCCUGACCUCUGAUUGGUCAGGGCUCAGAGUGAAACACACCAUAGGAGAAGACCACCUCCAGCUACCAUGUCUGUCCAGGAAGCAUCCCAACGGCCCACCUCACCCCUCAAAUCUGAGCCCAAACACAGACCAGAGAUCCCCCCGAAGCCCUCAACACCCAGCUCCCCUGCUGUGGGCGACAUCGGCAGCAGUACAAGUGUCUCUAGUGGGAAAGUCAAAAGGAUUGUAAACAAGUUUAGCAAACAGGAGUCUGCAAAUGAACCAGAGGAACAACCCACCAAUGGUACCUCAGAAUUUACACCAAGUAAACGGUUCAAAAGGCCACCUACAAUAAAGCCCAAACCAGCCCGCCACAGUCUGCAGCUUCAGAUAAAGGGAGAGCAGGCGCCUCCGCUGCCUGUGAAGAGGAGUCGCAUCCUGCAGAAACAGAGGGGGACUACAGGAGGAGAGGAGGGGGACGGCGUCAGCGUGGAAGGAGGUCGAUCAGCGCCUGAUGGGAAGGAGGUGGAGGUUCAGCUGACCGGAGGAGGUGAAGCAGAGGCGGAGCACAGUCCAGACACCCCUUUCAGUCCCUGCUGCGACCCAAGCUGCAGCUGCGUGUGCCACCUCCAGCGGCCUGGCAUGAAACUGAUGUGGGUGCCUGUGGACAUGGAAAACAAUGGGCUGGAGGGUGGAGGUGGGCAGGGGGAUGAGACUGAUGCGGCAGAGCAGAGGGAGGAGGAUGAGGAGGAUGAGGAGGAUGGGGAGGAUGGGGAGGAUUGGGAAUUAUAUGAGGAGAUAGAGCCAGGAGGGGAAGAAAACAGUGAGGCAGGGGACGAGGUGAUUGAUGAGAGGGAGGUGCUGAAACAAGACAAGGCAAAGUUCAACCAGUCUUUGGAUGUUUUGAUCGCUGAGGGUCACAGGAGGCGGUCGGACCCAGGGCCUCACAGUGUCCUCACCUCUCUUGCCGUCACUCGCUCUCAGUCUCCCCCUGUUCCCCCAAAACGAGAUAAGUCACCCCCGGUCACCCAAAACGAAGAAGACAACAUUUACGAGGCCACACUUCCAGUGGUCGACCCUGUUACUCAUAAAACCACGCCUGCAUGUAACGAACUGGAUAUUCCUCUAAUCAAGGUGCGCAAACCGGCCCGUCGGUCUAAACUGUCCUACAGCACUUCAGACCCUACAUCUGAGUUUCAAACAAAUGACAAACCCGUCUCAAGCCCAGAAGACGUGCCACCCGCCAUCCCGCCGAGGAUGCCUGUGAUCCCAGACAGCCGCAGCCUCACGCCGGUGCACCGAGGCGGCGUUCCUCUCCCUCAGCCCACCCUGGAGGAGUGGCGUAUGCUGCGACCGUCAUCGCCUAGUGGCAGCUCCACUACCAGCGGGCUGAGCCCCCAACGAGCCAUCACUCCACCCCCAACCAGCCCCCUCUUGCCUCACAGACCCCCACCUCCACCACCAAAGACAGAUCCCCGAAGGCUCAGCAGUGCCUCAGUGCAGUCCCUCAGUCAGAAAAAAGAAGGAGAGGAGAAUGGAGGGAAUGAAGGAGAAAAGAAGGACAUAGUGGAGGAAAUCUGGAAGCCCCGCCUGCAGGAUGAGCCUCUGUACCAAACGUACCGCGCCUCUGUCAUCACCAAGGAGAUCCGACGCCAGACAGUUUGCCGUAACAUCAGUAAGACUAGUGUGGACUAUGCUAUGGAAUUGACUGCCCGUCGCUCUGGCACUGGCACCAUGAGUGGAAAUGGACCACCCAGGGGCAGCCCUGUACCCACACCAGUCCAGAGCACUCUGUGGCAGGACCUCCCGGCUGUGCGGGACAGUGGAGUGCUGGAGCAGCUCACCCCUGAACAGUGCAAGUACCAGGAGAGCAUGUUUGAGGUUUUGACAUCAGAGGCCUCUUACCUCCGAUCCCUGCGAGUCCUGAUCGAACAUUUCAUGGACAGCCGGGAGCUGGAGGUCACGAUGGUCAUCAGGGACAAGAAAACCCUCUUUUCCAACAUCCUGAGGGUCAGAGAGGUCAGCGAGAGGUUCUCGAAAGACCUGGAGGACCGCAUAUUCGAGGAGCUGGUCUUCUCCGACAUCUGUGACAUUAUCCACUACCACGCCCAGCACAAGUUCCCCGCCUACAUUGACUACGUUCGCAACCAGAUCUACCAGGAGCAAACCUUCACACAGCUCAUGAAGAACAACACGCAGUUUGCUACGGUCAUCACUCGUCUGCAGGAGUCGCCUCAGUGCCAGCGGCUGCCCUUCAUGUCCUUCCUGCUGCUGCCCUUCCAGCGAAUAACUCGCAUCAAAAUGCUCAUUGAGAACAUCCUGAAGAGAACAAAGGAGGGGACGAAAGAGGAGGAGACUGCCUCCAAGGCUUUGGCUUCUGUGUCGAAGAUCAUUGACGAGUGCAACACUCAGGUGGGAAAGAUGAGACAGAUGGAGGAGUUGAUCCAUAUCUCUAAAACACUGGAGUUUGACAAGCUCAAGGCCAUCCCGAUCAUCUCUCAGAAUCGAUUUCUGGAGAAGAAGGGAGAACUGCAGGAAAUGUCCAAAGGAGGCACUCUCUUCAACAUGAGGGCCAAGUUCACACCCGUCUACCUCUUCCUCUUUAACGAUCUGCUCGUCAUUGCUUCCAAGAAGGGCGCGGAGCGGUUUGUGGUUCUCGACCACGCCCAUCGCUCUCUGGUGCAGGUGCAGCCAUUGGAAGAAGGCGGGCCCUACGAGCACUGCUUCAACCUCACCCUCCUGGAAAACCAUCAGGGACGCAUGAUGGAGCGGCUCUUCAAAGCUCCCUCUCAGUCAGACAUGCACAGGUGGGUGGCAGCUUUCCCCCACCCCACCAACCCAGACAGAGACGAAGACGAAGUGAUUUAUGAAGACUGGGACUGUCCUCAGGUGCAGUGUGUGGAGCCGUACAUUGCCCAGCAGGCAGACGAGCUCACCCUGGAGCCCACUGAGAUCAUCAACAUCUUACGCAAAACCAACGAGGGCUGGUUUGAAGGUAGCCGUCUGUCAGACGGUCAGAAGGGCUGGUUCCCCGUAGGAAACGUCGUAGAGAUCACCAACGAGCAUGUGAGGAGGCGAAACCUCCGCGAGCGUUACAGGGUCAUACAGGCUGCGGGCAUUGUUGCCAACAGCAAGGUCCGCACCAACCAGUAGGGUCGACGGAUCAUGGAUGUUUACAUUUAAUCAUUUUCAAAAUGGAAACUCUUCAGAGGUGAACUCUGUAUGAAGAUUAUUCAGGGACUUUAUUGGUUGAAGUGUCAGUUUCUAGCAACCAGGAAAUGAAAGAUAAAA